AUGGGUCGUAAUACUUUGAGCCAUGAGAUGAACGCUUCUCAUUCGAAAAAUACGCGCGCCCCAUCGUAUGCGUUACACUUACAGAGUCGAAGCGAGAGAGAGAGAGAGAGAGAUCAUUCUGCCAUCGCCAUGUUCGUCAACAACUGCCCUAAGCAUUCGGAGUCUCAUCAUUCUCCCAACCACCACUGCGUCGCCAGGUUCCUCGGGAGACUCGCGUUCGAGCCUCUCCGGAACAAUCCUCUCUUCGGUCCCUCUUCUCGCACAUUGGUGAAGUUAGGAUCACUUGAGUGGUGCAGAGUCGUGGAGGAGCAUGAAGCGUGGCGUCUCUUUACAUGUAUAUGGUUACACGUUGGUGUUAUUCAUCUUGUGGCUAAUAUGAUCAGUCUCCUCUUCGUCGGUAUUCGCCUUGAGCAGCAGUUUGGUUUCGUUAGGAUUGGAGUUAUAUACGUAACAUCAGGAGUUGGAGGAAGCGUAUUGUCUUCUCUCUUUAUCAGAAACGGCGUCUCUGUUGGAGCUUCUGGUGCUCUCUUUGGACUUCUUGGCUCAAUGCUUUCCGAGAUUCUUACCAACUGGUUAGUUGUAGCACUCUUGACGCUUUUGUUUGUCAUUGUGAUAAACUUGGCCCUUGGGAUACUACCUCACGUUGAUAAUAUGGGUCAUCUGGGUGGGUUUGUAGUUGGGUUUCUCCUCGGUUUUGUUCUGCUGGCUCGUCCUCGGUUCAAGUGGUUAGCUAGAGAGCAUAUUCCAGAAGGCAGACAUCUGACGUCUAAGUACAAGCCUUACCAAUACAUAUUGAGGCUCAUUUCUUUGGCUCUAUUGAUCUCCGGGUUUGUGGUGGCGCUGGUGAUGCUAUUCAGAGGAGAAGAAGGUAAUGAUCACUGCCGCUGGUGUCGCUACCUACGAUGUAUCCCCACUUCAAAAUGGAGUUGUGAAGACGUUUGAUAAAAAUAAGCAACAU